AUGCCUUUCGUCUGCGACUCGCUAUAGAGGCGACGUUGAUAACGCAAGCAAAUAUUUUUUAACGUCGAACGCAUUUCGAAAGUUGUUGGAUUUGUAGGGUUUCUUUUGACGGUAGGAGUUUGGAACUCCGAAGAUGUCUCUGGCCGAUGAGCUCCUGGCUGAUCUGGAGGAGGCGGGGGAUGAGGGGGAGGAUGGGCUGUACCUGGGGGAAGAGGGGGAGAGUGAUGGGGAGGCAGGGGAGGGACAGGUAGAGGGAGGUUUGGAGGACAUUCCAGAGGAGAUGGAGGUGGACUACAGCGGAGCUGAGAGUGUCUCGUCCAUCGCUAAACUACGCAACAGCAAACAGUUCUCAGAGAUCAUGGACAAAAUUGCCAUCUAUGUCGAGAAGCAGCGCAAGAACUCUGAAGUCUCCGGUCCGGUGGAGGCAGACCCAGAAUACAAGCUCAUCGUUGCUGCCAAUAACCUCACAGUAGAAAUUGAGAACGAACUGAACAUCAUUCACAAGUUUGUACGUGACAAGUAUUCUAAGAGGUUCCCUGAGUUGGAGUCCCUGGUGCCCAACUCUCUGGAUUACGUCCGCACUGUCAAGGAGCUGGGGAACAACCUGGACAAGUGUAAGAACAACGAGAAUCUGCAGCAGAUCCUGACCAACGCCACCAUCAUGGUGGUCAGCGUCACAGCCUCCACCACACAGGGGACGAUGCUGGGUGAGGAUGAACUGAAGAGGUUGGAGGAGGCCUGUGACAUGGCGCUAGAGCUGAACCAAUCAAAACACAGGAUCUAUGAAUAUGUGGAGUCCAGGAUGUCAUUCAUUGCUCCUAAUCUGUCAGUCAUCGUUGGAGCCUCGACCGCAGCCAAGAUCAUGGGUAUUGCUGGGGGCCUGACCAACCUGUCUAAGAUGCCAGCCUGUAACCUGAUGCUACUGGGAACCCAGAAGAGGACCCUGUCAGGGUUCAGCAGCACCGCUGUGCUCCCACACACCGGCUACAUCUACCACUGUGAUGUGGUCCAGACUCUACCCCCGGACCUGAGGAGAAAGGCAGCACGCCUGGUUUCAGCUAAGUGCACCCUGGCAUCCCGAGUGGACAGCUUCCACGAGAGUGCAGACGGCAAGGUGAGAACUGGAAGAGGGAAGAAAGGGGUAAAUAAACAUCUGUUACAUAUUAACUCUGGUGUUAUUCUCUCGGUGCAGGUGGGCUACGACCUGAAAGAGGAGAUCGAGAAGAAGUUUGAUAAAUGGCAGGAGCCUCCGCCGGUGAAGACUGUCAAACCCCUGCCAGCACCGUUGGAUGGACAGAGGAAGAAGAGAGGAGGGCGGAGGUAUCGUAAGAUGAAGGAGCGUCUGGGUCUGACAGAGAUCAGGAAACAUGCCAACAGGAUGACCUUCGCAGAGAUUGAGGAUGAUGCGUACCAGGAGGACCUGGGUUUCAGUCUGGGCCAGCUGGGAAAGUCGGGCAGCGGACGCGUCAGACAGGCUCAGGUCAACGAGGCCACCAAGGCCAGGAUAUCCAAGUCCCUACAGAGGAAGCUGCAGAAGCAGAACAUGACAUACGGCGGCAGGUCCACAGUUGGCGGCAGGUCCACAGUUGGCAGCAGGUCCACAGUUGGCGGGAGGUCCACAGUUGGCGGGAGGUCCUCGGUCAGAGACAACUCCUCAGGAACAAGUUCCAGCGUAGCCUUCACUCCACUACAGGGACUGGAGAUCGUGAACCCGCAUGCAGCAGAGAAGAAGGUGGCUGAGGCCAACCAGAAAUACUUCUCCAACAUGGCAGAGUUCCUCAAGGUCAAGAAGGAGGGAGAGGGAAAGUGAGGAGUACACAUACGAUUUAUCAUACACAUCCACACAUAUACUUACACACAGGAGAGACUGAUAUACAGACAUACCAACUUGUAUUUCAAAAUGAAUGCAGAUUGGGUGAAAUGCAUUCACACUGACUGAUUGAUCAGGCGUCAUUGCAUAACCAUGGGGAGAAGAUUGACCAUGGCAGUGAAGAACAUAUAUUUAGAUUGUAUAUUUGUUUUAGAGCAUGUUGUGCUUUUUGAAAAACGUUUUGACUCCAUUUUGUUCCAUUUUAAUAAAAUUAAACUAAUACUUGU